UUAACGAAGCAAAUGUGAGAAUACAUUUUCGUCUUCUACACAUAAACUUCCACGUAAAGUUCCACCUCCUUCUACUCCCAUGGCAGUUGUCACUCUCUUCCCUUCCCCACGUAUCCUCAAUCCGCCGCUAUUUCUUCCACCUUUAAAACAAAUCACCGUCAACACUCCUCUCCACUCCACUCCACUCCACUCCACUCCUCCGUUUCAAUUCAUUGCCGUCGCUCUGCUCCACAUGGAACAACAGCACAUCGCAGAUCAAAACCCCACCGCCGUCAACAAUGAAAUCCAGGCAAACAACGAAGAAUCCCAAGAAACUAAAAGAAAACAAGAAGAACAUCCACUUCCAUUAAUGGCACUCAAUCACGUCUCCAGAGUCUGCAAAAACGUCAAGGAUUCCGUCCAUUUCUACACCAAGGUCCUAGGCUUCGUCCUCAUUGAACGCCCGCAAAGCUUCGAUUUUGAAGGGGCUUGGCUGUUCAACUACGGCGUUGGGAUUCACUUGAUGCAAUCCGAGGAGGAUGAUGAUAGUGUUGGAGUUCGUGGAAGCGAUAAGGAUCAUCUCGAUCCCAUGGAUAAUCACAUCUCGUUUCAGUGUGAAGAUAUGGAAGCGAUGGAGGAGAGAUUGAAGGAAUUGGGAGUGAAGUACAUGAGGAGAACAUUGGAGGAAGAGGAGAAGGGAGAAACGAUUGAACAACUAUUCUUCAAUGAUCCUGAUGGAUUCAUGAUCGAGAUCUGUAACUGCGAGAAUUUGAAGUUGGUGCCAGCGGGUUCCUCCGGUAAGAUUAGACUUCCGGCCGGUCGGCAUAACCCACCAUUGGAAUUGAAUGAUGAGAAAUAGUUUUGGACGUUUAGUAUAAGAGAGUAAGUAGGGACAAUUACAAAUUAAUAACCCAUUUGUAAACGUGAUGUAUUAUCAGUGCUAAUCUGAAAAUUUCCUUGCUAAUCUUCAUAAAAUAUAUGGCUACCCACAAAAUCAAUGAUCAACAAACUUCAUGAAAUUGGUAUCUAUUUGAUUAGAGUUAUCUGUUGAUAAUUUUAGUUUUUGAAGCUUUAGAUGGUCUUUUUAGAUGAGAUUGUUAUGUAAAUUCUAGUUUUUAAAGUUUUAAAUAUCUUUAAAAUGUUUUGUCAUGAAAGUUGAUAAAAAUUAGACAUCGAAAUUCAACCAAAUAAUUCUGAAAUGGGCUGUAAAGUUUUACUUUGGAUAAUGGAAAAACUCGUAAACAUAAUAGAUAAUUUCGUUUUCAAAUUUGAUAAUUUCGUUUUCAAAUUUUUGGAUAAUGGAAACUACUGCCUAUUUUCUAUUCAAACAAUCAUAUUUCCCAAUCUGUAUCCUUCUUUUCUGUUCUUUUUCUUACAAUUUUUACAAAGUAUAAAACAAGCAGAGUCGAAAUAAACGAGUGGAAAAAAGAAAAAAAAAGAAAAAAGAAGAA